CUCCGCUCCCAGACUACUCCGUUCCUCCGGAUUUCGAUCCCCCUUUUUCUAUCUGUCAAUCAGCGCCGCCUUUGAACUGAAAAGCUCUCAGUCUAACUUCAACUCACUCAAAUCCGAGCGGCACGAGCUCCUCCUGUAUCUUCGGCUUCCCCCCCCUUUGCUCUUUAUAUCUGACUUCUUGUUGUUGUUGGUGUGUGUGUUUUUUUUUACCCCCCUUUUUUUAUUUAUUAUUUUUUUGCACAUUGAUCGGAUCCUUGGGAACGAGAGAAAAAAGAAACCCAAACUCACGCGUGCAGAAGAUCUCCCCCCCCUUCCCCUCCCCUCCUCCCUCUUUCCCCUCCCCAGGAGAAAAAGACCCCAAAGCAGAAAAAAGUUCACCUUGGACUCGUCUUUUUCUUGAAGUAUUUUUCUGGGGGGGGGGCAAAACUUUUUGGGUUUUUUUUUUUUUUUGGCUUUUCUUCCUCCUUCAUUUUUCUUCCAAAAUUGCUGCCGGUGGGUGAAAAAAAUGCCGCAGCUGAACGGCGGUGGAGGAGAUGACCUAGGCGCCAACGACGAACUGAUUUCCUUCAAAGACGAGGGCGAGCAAGAGGAGAAGAGCUCCGAAAACUCCUCGGCAGAGAGGGAUUUAGCUGAUGUCAAAUCGUCUCUAGUCAAUGAAUCAGAAACGAAUCAAAACAGCUCCUCCGAUUCCGAGGCGGAAAGACGGCCUCCGCCUCGCUCCGAAAGUUUCCGAGAUAAAUCCCGGGAAAGUUUGGAAGAAGCGGCCAAGAGGCAAGAUGGAGGGCUCUUUAAGGGGCCACCGUAUCCCGGCUACCCUUUCAUCAUGAUCCCCGACCUGACGAGCCCCUACCUCCCCAACGGAUCGCUCUCGCCCACCGCCCGAACCCUCCAUUUUCAGUCCGGGAGCACACAUUACUCUGCGUACAAAACGAUUGAACACCAGAUUGCAAUUCAGUAUCUUCAGAUGAAAUGGCCACUGCUUGAUGUCCAGGCGGGGACCCUCCAGAGCAGACAAGCCCUCAAGGAUGCCCGUUCUCCGUCGCCGGCCCACAUUGUUCAGUGCCCCCUCCCUUGCUGCACUCAGGGACAUGACUGUCAGCACUUCUACCCCCCCUCAGACUUCACUGUCAGCACUCAAGUCUUCAGGGACAUGAAAAGGAGCCACUCCUUACAAAAGGUUGGGGAGCCCUGGUGUUUGGAGUCGAACAAAGUGCCGGUUGUGCAACACCCCCACCAUGUCCACCCUCUCACGCCUCUUAUCACAUACAGCAAUGAACACUUCACGCCGGGAAACCCACCUCCACACUUACCAGCUGACGUAGACCCCAAAACAGGAAUCCCACGGCCUCCGCACCCUCCAGAUAUAUCUCCGUAUUACCCACUAUCGCCCGGCACUGUAGGACAAAUCCCCCAUCCGCUAGGAUGGUUAGUACCACAGCAAGGUCAGCCAGUGUACCCCAUCACGACAGGAGGAUUCCGUCACCCCUACCCCACAGCUCUGACUGUCAACGCUUCCAUGUCCAGGUUCCCUCCCCAUAUGGUCCCACCACAUCAUACUCUACACACGACCGGCAUUCCCCACCCGGCCAUAGUCACGCCGACAGUCAAACAGGAAUCUUCCCAGAGUGACGUCGGCUCACUCCACAGCGCAAAGCAUCAGGACUCCAAAAGGAAGAAAAAGAAGAAGCCCCACAUAAAGAAACCUCUAACGCAUUCAUGUUGUAUGAAGGAAAUGAGAGCGAAGGUUGUAGCCGAGUGCACAUUGAAAGAAAGUGCAGCCAUCAAUCAGAUCCUGGGCCGAAGGUGGCACGCACUGUCCAGAGAAGAGCAAGCGAAAUACUACGAGCUGGCCCGGAAGGAGCGACAGCUUCACAUGCAGCUGUACCCCGGCUGGUCCGCACGGGAUAACUAUGGGAAGAAGAAGAAGAGGAAAAGGGACAAGCAGCCCGGGGAGACCAAUGAACACAGCGAAUGUUUCCUAAAUCCUUGCCUUUCACUUCCUCCGAUUACAGACCUGAGCGCUCCUAAGAAAUGCCGAGCGCGCUUUGGCCUUGAUCAACAGAAUAACUGGUGCGGCCCUUGCAGAUGCAAAUACUCCAAAGAAGUGUCGGGCACUGUUCGGGCUUGACCGACAGACUUUAUGGUGCAAACCGUGCAGG